UUAGUGAGUCUCUCACUCCCUGGCGGCUACUUUCUCCAUCUCACCAAGAUGGCUCUGCAGGUCCCUGAGGCCCCAGGGACAGCAGCUCUGACAGUGGCACUGCUGGUGCUGCUCAACCCCAUGGCCCAAGGCAGGAUCACUCCAGAGAAUUACGUGUUCCAGGCGCGGCAGGACUGCUACGCGCGCAACUGGACGCAGCGCUUCGUGGAGAGAUACAUCUACAACCGCGAGGAGUUCGCGCGCUUCGACAGCGAGGUGGGCGAGUACCGCGCCGUGACCGAGCUGGGGCGGCCGGACGCCGAGUACUGGAACAGCCAGAAGGAGCUCCUGGAGCAGAAGCGCGCCGCGGUGGACACCGUGUGCAGACACAACUACGAGGGGGACGAAGGCUUCACCAUGAAGCGCCGAGUGCAGCCUAAAGUGCACGUGUCGCCCUCCAAGAAGGAGGCCCUGCAGCACCGUGACCUGCUCAUCUGCCAAGUGACAGAUUUCUACCCAGGCAGCAUUGAGGUCCGGUGGUUCCUGAAUGGACAGGAGCAAACAGCUGGGGUCGUGUCCACCAACCUGAUGCGUAACGGGGACUGGACCUUCCAGAUCCUAGUGAUGCUGGAGAUGACCCCCCAGCAGGGAGACGUCUACACCUGCCACGUGGAGCACCCCAGCCUGGACGGCCCUGUCACUGUGGAGUGGAAGGCUCAAUCUGAUUCUGCCCGGAACAAGAAGCUGACUGGAAUCGGGGGCUUCCUGCUUGGGCUCAUCUUCCUUGCAGUGGGCAUCUUUAUGCACAUAAGGAGCAAGAAAGGCCAGCGAGGAUCUCGAUAAACAGGGCUCCUGACCCGAACAUGAUGACUAUAUGAGCCUUGGAACAAGGCUUUCUGUUUCUUUAGUCCCAGAGGCUGGUUCUAGACUCGGCUGACCCCCAGCUGCCCAAGGGGAUGUGGCUGCCAAGUAAUUGCUCUGAACCCAGAAUUUCUGUAGUUCUGCUCUUUGAUUCAGUGUGCUUCUCUCAUCAACCACAUUCCCUUCUCCUCUGCAUCAGUAAUAAAAUCAAAUGUCAUUAUUUUCUUUUAAACAUA